AUGAAUUAUCAGCGCCCGCCCAUAUCAGCGGGUGCUAAUACCACACCUUCCAAUAGGUCGUCGCAGUCCACCACACAGACGUCAGAACAGGAUGACAGCAGUGGCGACGGAAAGGACUUCUUGACGCCCAAGAGCACGGCGAAGAACACGGCAAAGACGCCCAAAAGCACGGCCAGGACACCCAAGAAUACGGUCAAGACCCACCAGGCCAAACGUUCCUUCAACUACCACCAGCCGUCGUCUAACCAGUUGGAUUACUUUGCAAACAACCAUUUUUCGCGGUCGUUCAACUCGUUGAUCUUGGAUGAUAUCAAGGACGAGUUGACGGCUAGCGGCAAGAAAAGGAUAAACAAGUCGCCGCCAUUCAAUGUAAAACACGACUAUUACGGCGAUAAUGACUCGAUAGACUAUUGCGCAGAAGACGAAGACGAACCGGUGGCUUUUGAUAGCGAUAUCACAAAGGCCGACACCGAUGUCAAUGACACGAGAGCUGACGAUGACGACGACUUCGACCACACCCAGGCGUACCAGUCGCCCACCUUGAAGGAAAUAAAGCCCAAAAAGCUUUUCAGGCGCGAUGGAACCAACAACACCUCAACAGACCCGGAUUUGUCUUCCAACUCGCAGCAGUCGUCUAUAAAACGGUCCUUCAAGUUUCUUAACUUGUCGAUAGACUCCUCCAAUAAGGCCCUUGACUUGUAUGGCACCGGCACCAGUAAGAUUUUGGAAGAUGAUGUCGAUUACAUUAGUGAUUUAAACGAAAUUGGUGCUCCAUUCGACAACAGUCCUGCCACGUCCAGGAAUGCCGCCACGUCUGCCAGCCCUGUCAAUGAGUAUAGUCCUCGAGAAAAUAAAACACCGCUAAACAAGUUCAAACGUCCACAUCAGUUGGUGAGUCAGUCUCCAUCCCCGAGCUCACAGAAAUAUUUAACAUCCAAGCAUUCAUUCUACACUCAACAUCAGCAUCAGAGUCAAAACGAAUCCUUAUCUAAUUCCAUAUCUAAUUCUAUUCAAAAUUCGCUACCUAACUCCGGCGGCAAUUCAUUUUUGAACUUGAAUUCGUAUUUCAAUUCCAAUUCAUUAAGCGUUAAUAUCGAUCAGGCACCAUCUACGUCAUCAGCUCCUCCAUCUACCGUGAAUAAAACCGGCGUAUAUUCACCGUCUAAAUUGGGAGGUAAGGGAUUUAAAAUGUUCAAAAAUGCCGAUAAAGAUGCUAUAAUAUCACCCAAUCGUUCCAUUAGUCGUUCACAAUUUGAUAAUCCAGACAUACCGAACCAUGAAUUGCACUCUGAUAAUGACAUCAAUCGCCCGAGUACAUCUUUAGGCAUAUUUGAGUCUAACAAGAUUUUACCUCCGUCUGCUUCUUAUAAACAAGCAAUACGGUCUAAAAAACUACUUCCAGCUGGUAACAAGUUACGAAAAACAAAUAGCAUUAAAAGUCCCUUUACCGCAAUGGAUCUGCAUUCAAAUUAUUCAUCUAAUUUGGGUUUCGAAUACUACAACUUGGAUAACUUGGAUAUAAUGGAUUUAGAUGACGAUAGUCCUUCGAAAGCUAAGAAAAUUCCAAAGUCAGCUUCGGCUAAUAGUGCCCCAAAUUCUAUACAAAUCUACCAAGAUACGGAAGCCGAAAUGCUGAGAAAUAGGAAGAAAUUGAGGAACUACGAUUUAAAUAAUGAUGCUAUUUAUAACGAUGACAAAGAAAAUGCUGGUAGUUUAAAACUUCUGAAAAAAGCAUCAUAUCAAUUUGUUAAACCAUUACAGACAGCAUUUAGAUCAACAGGCCUAGUUAAAAAGAACUCUGUUAAUCACAAUCUAAAUGAUGCUAGUCAAAGGAAAUUGCCGCCGGAAACUCCAAUUAAGAAGCAUCCAAUGGCAACAUUGGAUACUGCCUGUACCAAUAUUCAUAAUACUUCACCGAUCGGAAACGGUAACAAUAAAGAGUUUAAAGCGUCUAAUUUGAGUAACGUGGUUUCUUCUGCUCAUGACGAAACGACCGCCUUCGAUGAUAAUCUGGAAUUAUCAAUCGAAGUAGGCAGAAAUGUUUCGCAUGUCGCAAAUAAUGAUUCGAAUUCAAGUUUUUUCAAGAUAUCCUCAGCACAGGGAUCAAGCAAGAACGUUCUGUUGAAUGCAGACAAUGAUUUGGAUCUCGAUUUAGACUUAGAUGAUAUUAUACCUGAAACACCAACCAAGUCGGUGAAAAAAUCACAUUCCAUUCCGGCAAAUUUCAGUCCAAUAUCAUAUAAUAAUUCGUCUUCUAUUAAUGCAACAAAAUCAAAGUUGGUUGAUUUAAAGAAAUCCAAAGACUUAGGUAACGAACCUUCUACGCCAACAUAUCAUUUGCACAAUCCAAUUAUAAAAAUUGAAAAGUCAUCAUCGUCAAACAUGCUCGAUUCGAUUAAUUCAUCUCAACAGACUCUUUGUACCGAAAGUUCAGAACCAACAAAAAUUGACGACCACCUCAUGAACAAGUUUGGAAUGAAGAAUAUUAAAUACCUAGGAGCUGGAGAGUUUUCAAUUGCCUACGAGUGUUCAUUCCAGGAUCAAAAAUUUGCUAUCAAGAAAACAAAAAAACCAGUUUAUGGAAAAUUGGAAAGGAAGGCGAUAAUGAGAGAAAUUGAAGCUCUAAGAGUUUUAAGUUCAGUAAAAGACAAUGAAAUGGUUAACUUACAAGAGCAAGAUGAAGGAAAGGAAAAUUUAGUAUAUUUCAUCGAAGCUUGGGAUUUCAAUAACUACUUCUACAUUAUGACCGAGUAUUGCGAAGGAGGUACAUUAUUCGAUUUCUUAGAAGAACAUAAGAAUUACAAACUUGAUGAAUUUAGAAUUUGGAAAAUUCUAAUUGAGAUACUAAACGGGCUAAAAUUUAUUCACCUGAAAAAUUAUUUACAUCUUGAUUUAAAACCAGCCAACAUUUUCAUAACCUUUGAAGGCUACUUGAAGAUAGGAGAUUUCGGAUUAGCAACCAAAUUGCCAAUAUUAGAAAAAGAUUUUGAUCUAGAGGGUGACAGAAACUAUAUUGCCCCUGAAUUAAUUAACGAUAAAAUUUAUACUCCUUUCGCUGAUAUAUUCAGUGUCGGGUUAAUUAUAUUAGAAAUUGCUGCAAAUAUAAUAUUACCAGAUAAUGGCUCACCAUGGAGGAAGUUAAGAAGUGGUGAUUUAUCCGAUGCAGGGAAAUUAUCUAGUGAUAAUAUAAGUGAUUUCUUGCAACACCAAAACUUUUCUUCUUUAACAUCUUACAAUUCGUCUGAUUCGUUGUUGCAUCACAGUCACUUACAACAUAAACAAUAUCAACAUUUACAGAAUCAUCAUCAACAUCAUCAGUUAUUCAAGAAAAUUGACGUGAAGCAUCUCAUACCUUCCUGGGCUCCAGACUUCUUAGUAUCGAAGGAUACUAAUAGUUUAGACAAGUUGGUGAGCAACAUGCUUAAGCCAAAUCCAUUUGACAGGCCUAACACGAAGAUGAUUUUGGAGAGUGAAGAGUGUACGACCAUAGAGAAUAGAAGGAAGGCCGGCGCCACUAUCUUCGAAGGCGAAUUUGGGCCUGGUGAUGAAGAUUAA